GAGUUGUUGACCAUCAUGUUCCAACAUAGAAUGAGCUGUCUUCUGUUUUCCAAAGAAAUGACUGACUGUCUUAUAAGUGAAUAAUCCAAAAACCAUGUGAGAUUAACAGCUAAAGUAUACCACAUUUAAGCAAGUUAUUUAGGCACUGUCCAAAUUCGUUUUUCAAUGAUGAUUAAGCUUUCUGGAUAACGCAAUACCAGGUUGAGAAAAUGGCAGUCACCCAAAAAUUAGUUCUUGGAACAUGGAAAAUUAGAUACAAAUUUCAUUCAAUUGCGGUCCUCCUUCUCAUAGCCCUUGUGAUUGUUGUUGUUCGUUUAAAAGGGGAUAGUGAAGGCUUCCUUGAACAACAGAAGAGACCUGAUGACUCUAUUCCACAUUGUAAUUUUUUUUCAGGCAAAUGGGUUUAUGAUAACAUAUCUUACCCUCUGUACAAAGAGAAUCAAUGUUCUUUUAUGGAGCUUGACUUUGCGUGUCAGAAGUUUGGUCGGAAAGACUUGAAUUAUCAGAAAUGGCGAUGGCAGCCUCAUGAUUGUGAACUUCCGAGGUUCAAUUCUACUGCAUUAUUGGAGAACUUAAGAGGGAAAAAGCUUGUAUUUGUAGGUGAUUCCUUGAAUAGAAACCAGUGGACAUCAAUGUUGUGCCUCAUUGAGUCGUCGAUCCCUUCAUCAUCACCAUCAUCAUCUAAAUCACUGAUCUGGAAAGGCAACUCCAUCCUCUUUAAGGCCACUGACUACAAUGCAACCAUCCAAUUCUAUUGGUCCCCUUUUCUGGUUGAAUCCAACUGCGAUGAGAUUAAAGACCAUAGGGGACGAGUUCGUAUAAUAAGACCUAAUGCAAUUGAAAAGCAUGCUAGGCAAUGGACAGAUGCAGAUAUACUAGUAUUUGAUUCCUUUGUGUGGUGGGAGGAGCCAAAACUCACAGUACUAUGGGGAUCGUUUGAAAGCUCUGAUGCAAUCUACAAAGAAGUUGGAAGGAGUUACCGUCACUAUGAAAUGGCUUUGAAUACAUGGUCAGACUGGCUGGAAAUUAACAUUAACAGAAGUAGAACGAAGCUGUUCUUCAUGAGCCUCUCACCUCAUCACAGGGUGGGAGAAGAUUGGGGCAGGGAUAAAGGUCGAAAUUGCUAUAGUGAAACCCAGCCUGUUUUGAAAGAGCGAUAUCAAGGAAGUACCACUGAUAGUAUAAUGAUGCAGAUUGUAGAAUCAACAAUACACAAGCUCGAAACAAGAGGUGUAAAGGUAAAGUUCUUGAACAUAACGCAGUUGACAGAUUACAGGAAAGAUGCUCACCCUUCUGUCUAUAAGAAGUUUUGGAUGAAUCUAGCUGAAGAACAAUUAGCAAAGCCUGAGAGCUAUUCAGAUUGUGUGCAUUGGUGUCUUCCAGGAGUACCUGAUGUCUGGAAUGUUAUCCUUUUUUCCUACAUAAUGCAUUCAUGAUAAUUCACUUGUUACAAGGGCACUGGAAAAAUAGCAUAAUCAUGUACAUAAAUUAUCCAAAUUGAGGGUUAUUUUA